AGCGUAAUAUCAUCAGGUAAAUGAUUAGUCCUGAGAAAUGAUCUCCCCUUAUUUGUUUACGUUUGUUGUUCAGAUACAAACACUUACAAAUAUUGAUGGGACUAGAACUGGCUGACUUGACCUGGCGGUAAGGGGAGACAACAGUAUGGCGGGCGGGUUAGCCGGGUCUGAUAUCAUGCGGCUACAGAACAGCCUCAUCGAUCUGAUGUUGGUGGCGGGUCUGGAUGAAAACUCAGGACUUAUACCAGAGAAAUCAGGGAUGGAGCCGGAGGAAAUCCUGGAGAACCUGUUUGAGAUGAAGUUCCAGCCCCAGGUCCUCUCUGCCGUCUCCUCCAACACGAUGAUGUACUUCUUCCCUCACCCCAGGCAGGACUACGAGUAUCCUCUUCUUCAGUCUGAUUUGAAGCAUGACACUAAACAUCACCAUUUUCUGAAGUCGGCCAAUGUCUACAACACACUUGACUCCAUCCCAAAGAGCAAAUUUAACAAAGCCAUGCACCAGUCCCGUAUGACCCUCAGGAGCACCUCUGUGACCCCGGGGUCAAUCAGCCGACACAUGUCUAUCCGGCGUCCCAUUACAAAGAAAUCCAUCUACUGUAGUCCCCUCGUCAACAAUCAACAGUUUCCCGUCCCUGAUGAAGUCAUCAAGUCCAUCCAAUACUUCUGCUUCCCUGAUGAUCUCCGAAUUACAAAACACAAAGGUGACACCUUGACCCACUUUUUAGUCCUGACAGAUAUCCAUGGCAACAAGACGUAUGCCACCUGUAUAACCUUCUACAGACCUUACCUACUGGAGAAGGAGUAUGAUGGAAGCUUAAUUCCACACCUGGAUCUAUCAGGUGACAAUUCAACGACCACGUCAGAAAAUGUCCGCUGCUUCAUUCCUCUUUGUUGUGUCCUCAUUUCUAAAUACCCCUACUUUGAGACGAUGAAGGACUGUCUGUCCUAUAUGGUUCACCAGAUAGAAACAGGACAGGAGGAUAUGUACACCCACAUCAAACUAUUCACUCAUAAACUGACAAUGACACCAGUACCCCCCGCUGGAAGGGUGGCCAUAGAGUUUGGUAUCCAGGAUGUGUCAUUCAUCAUACGACCCUCCCAGGAGGCGGAGAAACAAGUGAUUGACAUUCCAUUGUACCUCCCUUUCCUGAUCUUCCCCCCAGAGGAAAUACUGAGGAUAAUAUCCUCUAUCCUGGUGGAACAUCGUAUUGUCUUCAUCGCCUCGAAUUAUGCCUUACUUACUGUGGUUAUGGAGAGCUUCUUAAACUUUAUCCUACCAUUUGAGUGGAAGUACACCUAUGUACCGAUUUUGUCCAGUAAAUCUAUAGAACUGCUGGAUGCCCCAGGGACAUUCAUGAUGGGCUGCCACUCCAAAUACAAGGAACAAGUCAAUCAGGUUGGAGGUCUGGUGGUGGUAGAUAUAGACGAGGGGUCACUGAGUAUAAACCCGGAGUUAGCCGAGGACUCCCGAUCUUCCGUUUCUGUGGACAGCGACAGUAUCGAGGACUUACUGGAUAUCCCAGAAAUCCCUGACGGUGCAGCACAACUCUUCCUCAAGGUCUGCCGCAAAGCCAAGUUCCAGUUUGACCUUGUUGAUACACAAAGACCAAGUCAUUUUGACCUAAAAGCUGAGCGAGCAUACAGAAAAAGAAAAAUUCAAGCUUUGAAUGAGUUCAUUGUUGCUGGAUGUUUAGAACUCAUGGUUAAUCUAUUUAGGAGUGUGGUAACAGAAACUCGUGUAGAAUUUAAAAGAUUUAACAAACAAGCUUAUUUAGAUUCUAAGUCUGGAGCAGAGAAAAGCUUUUAUGAGCAAGUUCUGAAGACAAGCAUGUUUAAAAAGUUUCUUAAGGAUCGUAUCAAUGAUAAAACAGACUACUGGGUCAAAUUAGAGGUCAAAACAAGGCCGCAGGCUAAAAUCUCGGAAAGUGGACCCAGCGUUCCAAGCAGGCGUCCCCAGUUACGGAAGCAGAAUUCUAUCGCUAUCAUUCCCAUGAAUGCUCUUUCCUCCCAGAAUUCCCCAGUACUGAAGAUGCCAGACAUUGGGAAUCGAGUAAUAGAUUACCUGAAGGACUCGAUCAAACUUCUGACUAUUGCUGUACAGAAAAGCCAGCAUUUCCAGGAGCGGGCCUCCUACAUCUACUUACUGGGAAUGUUCUACCUUGCCUGUAACAAACUGAUCCUGGCUCUGGAGAACUUUAUCUCACUGGCAGCUAUUGACACCCAGAUCUUACCAAAACAAGUGGUUCAACAGAUCUGUCAACAGCUGGAAGAGUCUGAGUUACAGAAGUUAAUGGCCAAGCCAGGAUUUCAUGCCCUGCCGGACAUAGUGGGACCCACGGUCACGGAGUCUGUCAUCCACAGUCACAAGAAGUUUGAGGAAUCCAUCAAUCUACCACAGAAAGAUCUCUAUUAUGAUGAGUUUGUAGAAUGUGUCUCUAUGUUGGAGAUGACCAGUGACACAGACACUAUAGGCCGAUUAUUCCGUGCUCUCACUCCAUCACAAAUCCACCAAAACUUCAUUGAUCAGGAAACCUUUGCCUCUUUUACCCACUGCUGGAAGGAAAACAGCAAGCAGUGCUUGAGUCUGACCAUUAAUGAAGAUGACCUCCUGGAGGCAGAGUGUGUCCUCAAAAUGUCCUCAUUAUGUAAAACAGACUAUGGUACAGGAAGGGUGGCCCUCGCAGACAGAAGACUUUGCUUUGUGAAAGACAUUUCCACUGAGAUGAGGGAAAUUAUGCGACUGAGUAAGAUAGAAGAACUGGAGAAGAAGUCUAUGUUUUCAUUCCUAAAGCAGGUCAAGGUCCUAAGGAUCAAAAACAAAGAUGGGAGUAGGUUCACAGCUUGGUUGAAGGAAGAGAGGGAUGAUUUUUGUUUGUUGAUUGAGGAGAUGUGGGCGGGUAAAAUUGUGUGUGAGUCCACGAAGGACAUCCACGCCAUACAGAAGGCAGCCCAGAACGUGCUGCUGGUGGAUGCACUGCUGCAGAGUGGCCUUGAUGAGGAGACAGCUCACCAUAAUAACCGGGAGGAGGCAAGACAGCUGUGUUUCUACAGAAAGUACAGGGAGGAGGGUCAAAUUUUCCCCCAGGAAACCAAGGAGGUGUUACAGAACCGUAUUGACCCCAACUACGGGGAACGAGAGAGGAAGACAGUACACGCUCUACUGUAUACCCCAGGAGUUCCUGAGCACUCCAUCUCUCCCCGUUUAUGGGUGGGGCUGGGAGACGGGAAGAUUAAGGUGUACAACGCCUCCCACUGGCUUCUGGAGUCCGAGUUUGUCCAGACAAAACAAAGUGUGCAAACCAGCAGAAAAAAGUUAGAAAUCCAGGGAUGUACAUGUCUAGUAGCGGUGGACAGGAAGCACGUGUGGGCGGGGUCAUAUGGAAUAUUUAUCAUUGACAUCGAGACAAUCCGCAGUAAUAAGACUCUGAUGGACCACCAAGAAAUCGUCAUGGAUAUCGUCUCCAUUGAUGACGGAAGGUAUGCCUUUACUGCCAGCAUUGAUGGGGUGAUAAUGAAGUGGGACGUACAAAAACUGACUCAGGCCCAGCCGCCGAUACGACUGGAGAAUGUACGAGAUCUACGCAGCAUCAAGUAUUACGACGAACACAUCUGGUGUGGAACCUGGCAGAGAAUUCUAAGAGUCAAUGGAAGUGGUCAGAUUAUUCAGGAACUUGAGUUCUCAGUGGAGGAUCCAAAGUUUAGACCGGUGGAGAUGGACUGUUUUCUGAUUGUUAAGGCAGAAUACGCUGAUGAAAAAGAUGAGAUUUGGGCCGGAUGUAGGAGAGGAGGAGAAAUUGUAAUUUGGGAAGUGGAUGGAAAAGAAGAGCCAUCACACAGACUCAAGUUGGACUGUAGAGGAAUCAGUGAUAUGGUUAUCCAAGAUAGAAGGAUUUGGGCAGGAUCCAAAGAUGGCAGAAUUUUCAUAAUAAAUUGUGACACAAAGAAAGCCUUUCGAUCACUGCAGGCGCAUGAUGAUGCAGUUCGCUCCCUUUGUAAUGCCGAGAAUCGUUAUAUUCUGAGUGGUUCUGGCAGUAGUGAUGGAAAGAUUGCAAUAUGGACUCCUAAUGAUACACGAUCGGAGUCAGGAACUUACCUUGGAAUUUAGAAGUCUGUAAAUGUAGAAUGUAUCCCUAGGCUUUUAAUCAAGAUAUGUAUUAUUUUGGCAUGUUGAUAGACAGAAAACAUGGAAAAUACUUUGAUAGAGAAAGAAUAUUAAUUUGAAUAUCAUUAUCUGGUUACCAUGAGAUAUCUUACUUGUCUUGCUUGAGUUAUACAUAAAACAGAGAACUAUAAAAUGUCCCUCAGCUAUGCCAUGGAUUAGAUGACAUCAUUAACAUUCCCACCUCUUUUCUUUUAAGGAAUGUUUUUUUGGAAUUUCCCAAUCUUGAAAAGACCCAGGCCUUUGAUAUCAAGACCUAAAAAAAACUGAAUUUCUUUGUGUUCAUCAUCAUAAUACAUUGAAUUUUUAUGGUCCAUUUUAAGUCAUUUUAUAAACUCUUCUGCAUUAAUGCAGGGAACAAUUCAUAUCAAAAAUACAAUCAUUGAAGUAUAUGGUUAUGUAUCAGAAGUCAUUGGCUUUACUGUGUUGUAUUUUAUCACUUGUUAUCUCACCACACAAGGGAACUCAAUGAAUUGUUAUUGUUUGUUACUUCACACACUGUAUCAUUCGAGUCUGACCAUCGUUGAUUAUCAUGGAAAGCUUUAAAUGGAAAACCAUUAAUUAAUUAAAGUGCUUAUAGGCAUCAAGGCCACUUGAUUGAAUUGACCCAUAAUAAACAAUUGAUACGAUUAUUGAUAAAAUUAAUAAAUAAUUUCUGUUAUUCAAAUUGUUAAUUCUUUGAAAUUGUUGGCUUAAGUUUUGUUUAAGGGUAAUCUUAGUUUACUUAUUGUUCAUUUGUUUCUUUGCCAAACUUUCAAGAUUGCACUUGUAUAAUAAAUAUCUGGUGGAAUUUCAAAUUGUAUUUCAGUGUUCAGUACUUAAAUGCCCAUCUUAAUAAGAUUUCUGUUAGAAUCAAUGUUUAUAUUUUUUAUUUUAUAUAUCACAUUUUAUCAGUUAGAUAUGUUUACUGAAUAGUAUCAUGUGAAAAAUGGUUUUAUAAGCAACUUUUAUUCAUUUUUUUUAAAUUCUGCAUAUCUAAGGAAGAGAAACCAAAGAAAUCUGUAAUUCAGCUUCAUUUUAUUGGCAGACAUCGAAAGAAACCCUUCCUGAUUUCAAUUGAGAUUUCAAAAUUUUGUCCGAAGGGUUCGUAUUUUUUCAUCUGUUUUUUACUGAAUUUUAUUAGAUUUUUAAAACACACUGCAGUAUGUUGUGCAGUGUCAAGAGCUAUGCAAGAACAGCAGUAUUUUGAAUGAAGCCAAACUCAGGAGAAUUGAAUUAACCUUGAAUAAAUGUUUUUUUAAUUCUUUUUGUAUAUAUUUACUGUUUUUAAAGAAAAAGUUAUUCUUUAAAAUGUUAACAAUUUUAUUCCAACUUAGAAUUAAUUACUGUUAGUUUACUGUAAAUCACUUAAUUUUCGCGACACCUUAUUUUCGAGAGAUAGUCAUCGACUCUUUAUUAGCGAAACAAAAUUUUCACGAA